UCGACAUAGAACGCCUCCCGCGCAUCCUGCUACGGUCUCGCGAAUCAUCGUAAGAUUUCGGCUUUUUCCGGCUUACCUCAUUCAGUUAGCUAGCCAAGCUGAUUAGCCUGCUACUACAAGCUAAUGUUUGUAUGAUAUUUAAUGUUGUAGCCGAAUCUGAUUGGAUGAUACAGUGAGUGCAGAAAAAUGGCGGACGUAGCGGGGCAAGAAAUUUGUUCCCCGGUCCCUCCGUCACCUCACCCUUCUUCUCGUAACGGUUCCGGCAGCGGUAACGUUACACCGGGCACCGGCGGCAGCUGCCAGACCGCAACCACCGUUACUUCAGGCCCGCGGCUGGUUCGGAUAGUGAAGUCUGACUCCGGCUAUGGGUUCAACGUUCGGGGGCAAGUAAGUGAAGGAGGGCAAUUACGGAGCAUCAACGGAGAACUGUACGCCCCACUGCAGCAUGUUAGUGCGGUCCUUCCGGGGGGUGCCGCCGACAGAGCCGGCAUUUCGAAAGGGGACCGGAUUCUUGAGGUCAAUGGGGUGAACGUAGAAGGAGCAACACACAAGCAGGUGGUUGAUCUGAUCCGGGCCGGUGAGCGAGAGCUGGUGCUGGCCGUGCUGUCCGUUCCUCCCCAGGAGGCCGACUGCCUGGAUCCCGGAGACGACGGGUCGGCCCAGUCCUGUUACGACUACUCCGACAAGCAGGCAGUGCCCAUCUCUGUUCCCAGCUACAAACACACUGAACUCAACCAUGAAAAGUUUGUGGUGUAUAAUGUGUACAUGGCAGGCAGACAGCUGUGCUCCAAGCGUUACCGGGAGUUUGUGAUUCUACACCAAAACCUGAAGAGGGAGUUUGCUAACUUUACUUUCCCCAAGCUGCCUGGAAAAUGGCCUUUUUCCCUUUCAGAGCAACAGCUGGACGCACGACGCAGAGGCCUGGAGGAAUAUCUAGAGAAAGUGUGCUCUGUCCGAGUCAUUGGAGAAAGUGACAUCAUGCAAGAGUUCCUGUCUGAAUCAGAUGAGAAUUAUAACGGUGUGUCGGAUGUGGAGUUGAGAAUAGCGAUGCCAGAUAAAACCACACUCACUGUCAGAGUUCGCAAAAAUUCAACUACAGACCAGGUCUAUCAGGCUGUUGUUAUGAAGCUAGAGAUGGACAGUGUAACAGCCAGCUACUUUGCUCUGUUUGAGGUCAUCAACCACACCUUUGUACGUAAGCUUGCCCCCAAUGAGUUCCCCCACAAACUGUAUGUACAGAACUAUACCUCAGCGAUCCCAGGAACCUGUCUCACCCUACGCAAGUGGCUCUUCACCACAGAAGAGGAGAUUUUGCUUAAUGACAACCAGCUCGCUGUCAACUAUUUCUUUCACCAGGCUGUGGAUGAUGUGAAGAAAGGCUUCAUUAAAGUUGAGCAGAAGUCCUAUCAGCUACAAAAGCUGGCCGAGCAGAAGAAGAUGUCCAUGUACCUGAGUUUAUUGCGAACUUGCGAAGGCUACAACGAGAUCAUAUUCCCCCACUGUUCCUGCGACUCUCGACGUAAAGGCCACGUGAUCACGGCCAUCAGUAUUCACCACUUCAAGCUGCACGCCUGCACAGAGGAAGGGACGCUUGAGAAUCAGGUGAUUGCAUUUGACUGGGGGGAGAUGCAGAGGUGGGACACAGAUGAAGAGGGCAUGGCCUUCUGCUUUGAAUAUGCACGAGGAGAGAAGAAGCCACGCUGGGUCAAGAUAUUUACUCCUUAUUUUAACUACAUGCAUGAGUGCUUUGAGAGAGUCUUCUGUGAGCUGAAAUGGAGGAAGGAGGUGGAAGAGGAGGCUACAGACAAGGACAAUAAGAACUGCAGUAAAGAUGGUAUGUGUGGCAAGAAUAUUUUCCAGCUGCUGAGGCACAGAAGGGAUGGGGGCACCUAGGAAGGGAGAUCGUUACCUCGUAACUACAUCGCCAUCACCACCUCAGCUCAGUUUUGGCCCUGACCUUCCCCCCCAUACCCACCAGAAAUCAGCUGUUAACUGCUUGGACGUCAUUUAAACUCCAUCAACUUCAACAUGAGAAGCUCCUCCUUACAUGCAAACCAACAAGCAUCUGCUGAUGAACACGUUGAAUGAACAGACGCAUAAAAAAAACCAAACUACAGACUUGUGUACCAGAACUCUCGAAUCCAGCACAUCGCGACCAUGCAUUAAGCAGAGCUCCGUUGAAAAGAAACGAGCUGCCUACAGAAUCAAAGUGACGGAUUCAUGCGAGCCUUCCUCUUAUUGGCAGGGACUUGAAGUGGAAUGUGACGUGCAAACGAUCGGGGUUUUGAACCUUCUUUUAAGAAGUCCUACUUGAAAAAGAGAGCUGAAAAGAUUGGUGGACAAAGAAAGGAAAGUAAAAGUUGUUAGCUGCCCUCAGAAAGGGGACCACAAGAUCACAUUAAUCACUGAUUCGGAGGGGUGACCACAGGAAGACAUUUAGCUUCUCAGUUUAUGGAUUAGAGCCUCAGUGUCCUGCGUCUCCAUGCGUGUUAUUAAUAUAUGCAGAAAACCCCAUCAGCUAAGAGAGAAGGGGCAAACCAGAGUCAAGCCCUGAUAAAGUAAGUUACAGCUGAACCACGUCACAUACAUUAAUUUCCAUGUGUUGCGAACUGCAUUUGCAUUAAUAAUGUGACAAAUGAGAGAAGGGAUGAAGAACGCAGAUUUUCUUUAUAGGCUGUUUGUUUUUUUUUUCAUAUUUGGGUGCAUAUCAAUGCUUAGACAUAUGUUGCACUUUAUCCAGCAGUAUUAUUGACCUCCAAAUGUGCAUAGUAUAAUGUAAAAGGGCAAUAGAUGGAAUUAUAAUGGAAUAAGUACAGGUAUACGUUUAUCACUGACUACGGUGGAGUUAUAUACUGUGUGAGUGUGCAGAAUUGUGCAUUCAACUCUUAGGUAAUCUUUUUAAUGAACACACCAUGCAAAAUGUUUACGGCCAUCGUGGAGCAGCGGUGAUGCGGAGCUCCGCUCAGACACGUAACAUCGUGCUUUACCCAGAAGAGGCAGCAGGGGUCCUUGUCCUCCUGCCGGCUCUUGAGCAUGCAGUUAUUACUUUUUUUUUCUGAGAGCUCCCACCGGAUUUAUAAUGGGCCCGUAAUUCAAAUGGCCUUUCUAUGCAGCACUAUUUAUCUGUGUAGCUGGUGCUUUGCUGUUGAAUCACUUAUUCUCUGCAGAUUCGGGUUAAACAGGCUGACAGUCUCCGAACAAAAAAGCGAUGGCUUUAUCCUUCGACCAUUUGACAAAAUAAGGAUUACAGUGCGCAGCCCGUAAAGACAUCCUACCAGCCGAUGAUUCAAAAAGGUAAAGCUCAACACUGUAAUGCCAUCUCUAAAUGAGCCCAGUUCAAGUUCCAAUGUAAUCAAAACAAUUAUGCAGUGAGCUAGAAUCUAAUUAUUUGAUGGUGCAAUACAGAGCCUGACAAAUAAACAAAAAUGACAAUUCAUUGCGUCAUUAAAACCUGGCGCUGCGAUGGCUGAAAUUAAACAUUUAUUAUUGCUUAGUGCAAUUUUGUGAUCUCGCAUCCUUAUUAAUGAAAUCGUAAUGUGUUGCACUUUUUUCAUUUUGAAAGUUACCAGUGAGUCGGACAAAUAUUACAUGGUUGUUUCUACACCAGUUGCUUUUACAAGGUGAGAGAAGAGCGGCAUGUUCAGUUAUUAUUAUCUUAAUAGAGGUAUUUUUAAAAAUCAAUAUAUUGAAAGCUGAGAUUUGUUCUUAGGUUUAAAUUAAAGCUUCUUCUGAGUCAACAGCAAUUUUAUAAAACAAUCACGUUAUAGGUUGUAGAAACAGAAUAUGAUGCCACUGGCUUAAUAGCAUUAAUAUUAAAGAUAUCUACAAGACAUUAGGGAGCUUUAAAUUUACAUCAGUGAGUCUACCUAAGAGUCCUCGUUAUCGUGAUAGCGCUGUUCACGGAAGCAUUUUGGGGUGAUUAAUGAGCUUCAGCACACCUUUGUGAGGGUAGAAAGGAGGUUUAAUUGAAUGUGUUGAGCCUUGAAUUGAGAGAUUGAAUGUGCAGUCUUAAAGGCUGAACACAUUUCCCCAGGAUUCGUGUCUGCUUACUGAACCAUGUCUGACACAGUCGAUUGUCUGGCAUCGCCUGAUCACCCCACCUUCAAGCCCAUGGGCUCACCCAUCCACCCCAUUCCCCCUACACACACGUGCACACACUUUCUCAUGCUGACUGAAGUUAGAUGUCACGUACAGUUAGAUUCGAUUUUAAAUUCAGCUGAUGAGCGUCACACUAAGAAGGGGAUGGAGAAUGACAACCUACAGAGCCUUUGACAUGUCAAAAUGUAAAAUUUAAGCAAGUGUUUGGUUACAUCGCUUACUGUAAUAAAUUGUAACAUAUUCUUUUAAAUAAACCGAUUUAUUGAUGCAAA